AUGUUCGAAGCCAAACUUGCAGAAGGAAUCAUAUUCAAGAAGAUCGUUGAAGCUAUUAAGGAACUUGUCAGUGAUGUCAACAUUGAUAUUAGCCCAACAGGAAUCUCUUUGCAAGCUAUGGAUAACUCUCAUGUUGCCUUAGUCUCUCUCCAACUCUCCAUGGACGGAUUUGAAAGCUUCAGAUCAGACAAGCCGAUGACUUUGGGAAUUAACAUUGGAAAUUUAUUCAAGAUCAUGAAAUUGGGAGAUAAUGAUGACUCAAUGACUUUGAAAGCCGAAGAGGAUCCAUCUCAUCUCACUAUCAUCUUUGAGAACGAGAAGAAAGGAAGGUUUGCCGAAUUCAACAUUAAUUUGAUCAAUAUCGACACCGAACACUUGAGCGUCAGUGACAAUGAGGGAGGAUCUCAACUUUCCAUGGCCUCCGGAGAAUUUUCCAAGAUCAUGAAAGAACUCUACCAAAUCUCAGAGACAGUGAACAUUGAGACAUCUCAAGAGCUUAUCCAAUUUUCAGUAGAAGGAGAUUGCGGAUCAGGAAGUGUCAAAAUUGGCCCAACCGAAGGAGAGACAAGAGAAGAGCAGGUCGUGAUUCAGAGUGAUGAGCAAGUCAACCUUUCCUUUGCUCUCAGAUAUUUAACCAUGUUCACUAAGGCAAGUGGAUUAAGUUCAAUGGUAAACGUCAGCCUCUCAACCGAAGCACCACUUGUGGUCAAAUAUGAGAUUCAGAACCUCGGAUCAUUGCAGUAUUAUCUCGCACCAAAGAUUUCAGAUGAAGAGUAA